GUCGCGGGCGCCGGCGCCCCUCCCGGCGGCGCCGGGCGCGCGGCCUCCGCCGGUCGGGCCUCCUGGCUGUCGGCGGGCGCGCUGGGCCUGGUGGCCGCGCGGGCGGCGCUCGCCGCCCGGCGCGCGAGGGGCGGGGCCGACAUCAGCGACGACCUCUCGGUGGAAAAGCUCACGAAGAAGUACAGCUCCCAGAUCGAUGAGCUCCGGAACACCUGCAAGGACGUCCUCGACGACCAGGACGACCUGUACCUCUUGUUCUUCCUGCUGGAGAGCAAGGGGGACGUCCCCGCUGCCGCCGAGAACGUCCGCGAGGUCUUGGCCUGGCGCAAGGGAGAGGGCGCGGGCAUUGUGGCCACAGCCGAGAAGGCGAUCGCCGAGGCGACCGCGGGCGGCGGAUGGAACAACGAGCCCGUGUUUGCGGCGGCGCCGAACGCGGACAAGCUCAAGGCCUUCAUCACCCCGGAUUGCUACGUCGUGCUGGCCCUCCCGUCCGGGGACCUCAUGUCCGUCAUCCGGGCGGCGGCGAUCGACAGCCCCAAGAUGAUGGAGGCGGUCACCCCCGAGCAGCUGGUGGACUUCUUCAUCUACGCCCGGGAGGUGAACACCUGCGUGGCCGACGCGCGCACCCGGGCGACGGGGCGCCUCACGAAGCUCAUCUCGGCCAACGACCUCACGGGCGUGUCCUCGUUCCCAGACUCGAGGUUCCAGGAGGCGCUCACCGGUUCGUCCAAGAAGGCGCAGCGGCUCUACCCCGGCCGCCAGGGGCCGACGGUGCUCCUGAACCUGCCCUGGCUGGCCCGGGCCCUCGUCGGGCUGCUCGCGCCCCUCUUCCCCGGCGCCGUGCGGGACAAGAUCAAGUUCGCCCGGACGCCCAUGGACUACAUGGAGAAGCUGCCGGACGUGCUCCGCGAGCCGCUGAGGAGCCAGUUUCUGGACGACAUCUCGGCCGUGCUGACGUCCUGA